AGAAGCGAAUUGGGAUUAAGCUAUAGUCACCGGCCGGCGGAGCAGAGCGCGUGUGUUGUUCCUGGUUCUUCCUUCCUCGUUCUCACUCAGUCACAGAUCAAAAUGACAUUUAACCAAAAUCAAAAUGGCAAGACCUGUAAAUUCUCAUUAACAUAAAGCCCUUUUCCUGAAAUAACACAGCUACAUUUCAGCAAUUGGUUUGGCGCCUUUCUCUUUGUUUCCCGCGCGCUUCCCAUUCAAUAAACCUCCUUUCCUCUGUGUCCAUCCAAUCCUAAAACUCACAAUUUGUGGAAUCGGAGAAGAUAGAAGAAGCAGGAGGAGGAUGUUUUCUUCGCAGACUUUCUUGGCUCGGAAGGGUCGCCUCGGCACCGUCUGGUUCGCUGCCCAUCAUAUGCAGCACCGUCUCAAAAAGUCUCACUACACCUCCACUGAUAUUCCCUCCACCGUCGAGCGCAUCCUGUACCCAGACAUCCCCAUUGCACUGAGGAUGUCAGGCCACCUUCUAUUAGGCGUUGUGGAUUUGCCGGAUAAUGAAAACCAAGCUCCAGUUCAUGCUAUUACUCUGCCGGAGACAUUUAACCUUGAUGCUUUGGAACUUGAUGAUGAUGAUAUAUACACUGAGGGGAGCCCAGAUAGUCAUCUCAGGUAUGAGGAAGACAUCAGACUACCAGACCAAAUUCCUACUGGAGCAAAUCCUUGUAUUGCCAUAACUUUUGAUGAGGUUAGUCAAUUCUUUUCUAUCUGUUAAAAUUGGAGUCUUCAUUUGCUUCGUGUUGAUCAAUUAUUUGUUUUUGGCUAUGUGAAUUGCAAUUUCACCUAUGGAAACAUCUGUAUAUGUAGGAUAUGAUGGAU